AUGGCUUUGAUUAACAUUACCAACAUAGUUUUUGAUUAAGACACAUCUUUGUUUAAUAGUCCUAUUCAAAUGUAAAUCACUUUUGAAGUGAUGAGAUAAUUAGAUGAAGAAAUAGAAUGGAAGUAUUAAAAAUUAUAAACUUAGACUUAUUUACAUAGGAUCUCCAACAAGUGAUAGAUAUGAUCAAACACUUGAAUAGUUUUCUAUGCCACCUUUACAAUAGGGAACAAUGUAAUUUACACUAAUGAGUUGUGGUCCAAAUUUUGAGCUCAUUCCUAGUAAAGAUGAUUUAUUUGGUGCUAGUGCUAUUAUUCUCAGUGUUAAGUAUAGAAAACAAGAAUUCUUUAGAGUAUUUAUAUUAGUUCUAUUUAUUAUUAGGUUGGAUACUAUGUUUAUAAUACUUAUUUAGAACCAGAACUUAUUGAAAACGAUCCUCCAUAAGUACUAAUUGAUAGAGUAUACAGACAAAUCAAUACUUAAGCACCAAGAGUUACAAGAAUGAAUAUUGAUUGGGAAGGCUAAAUGGUUUAAUUAUUUGUUAAUCCUCAAUAAAAUAAUUAAUCCUUCAUGUUUCAAUAAUAACCAAUUUUCAACGACAUUACUAAUAAUCCAAAUUAUUUACAAUAAUUAAUACCAGAUAAAACAUAACAAUAAUAAUAAUAAUAAUAAUAAUAAUAAUAAUAAUAACAAUCGAUUUCUGAAGGUUAAAAUAAUAAUAAUAAUAACUAAUACACUGAUCUAUAAAGUAUAUUUUGA